CUACAAGAUACCUAUAUUCUUACACUGCAAGCAUUAUGCUUAUAGCCCAUCAUACAGGUUGAUAUCUGCUGUAUAACACCGGCAGGUGGUUGUUGAAGAAGCCGGGAGUGAAACAGGUUGGAAUGUUAGGGACUGUGAAACAAGUAGUACUCAAUAAUGAGUAACAGAUCAAGUGGAGGACGAUACCAGGAGGACAGAUCACGAGACCACAUUUCAAGGAAUCGAGACCACAGCCCAAGAUUUCGUGAACACAGAUCAAACCCUCGGGACAAAGACUCACACCCUCGAGACCAGGAUGUGCGGUCUCGGAGAGCUAGUAGAUCCCUUGAUCACUUAUAUGAGACUGUUGACAGGUUACCGUCAGCUUAUAGUAGUAGUGAUGAUUACACGUUAUCUCGCACAAAGGACCGGAUACCUACCUCAUACAAAGAUAAGUCAAGGCAAACACAGCGCAUGGCGGCACCGACAUACAGUAGCAGUGACGAUUACACCUGGGAUCAGGUUCCAAGAAGGUAUCAUGAAAAAUUGCAAAGACCUGAAAUUAUAGCUCUGAGGUCCUAUACCAGUAGCAGCGAUGGUUAUACAUCUAGUGACAGAUCUGAACACAGAAGUUCCCGAUCUCGAGAGCGUACGCCCCAGAUGUAUGAUCGUGUGCCUGUACGAUACCAUGAUUCCACCCCAGAAAGGUGGCGGAGAGAUGAUGCAGAACAGAACAGGGAUCGUAGAUCUGACUCGAGAGAUCGCAGUGGAAGAAACAGGGAUGGAAAUCUACAAGAUCAGGUUUACUUAAGUCGAAGUCGCGAUGAUGUGUAUAAAAUCAGGGUAUCCCUUCCAUACAGUAAUGAUCGUGCUACUCGAAGCCGAGAUGAUUUGGAUCAUGUGGUCGACAGCUCAGUCAAAUCUCACAACAGGUCAAGCCAAAGUCGAUCGGAAUUUCGUAAAAAAUCAGAUAGUCUGUCACAUUCUCAAGAAUUGUCAGACAGGAAUCGAGACAGUGUCCAGCAAACAAGGGCUAACCAAGCACGUCCUCAAGAAAAUUCAAGUAAAACACGGAAUGAUGUGGCUCGAAUUAAGAAUAACCCAACAAAUUCUCAAGUGAAGUCAAGUAAAACUCAAGAUAACCCAACAAAAUCUCAAGUGAAGUCAAGCAAAACUCAAAAUGAUGCGGGUCGAAAAAAGGAUAGCAAAGCAAGCUCCAAAAGCCGUUUAGGUCGAAAUAAGGAUUCCAAACGUGUUAAGCCAAAAAUAUCUCGGUCGCAAGAGAUUCUGCCAGAGCCUCGAGAUCACAGUGCUCCUCGCUGGGAUUAUUAUUUACAGUCUGACAGAUACGAUGGAAGGUCUCAAAGUAGCUUGUCCACGGUCAGUGGAGAAAAGAAAAAUGUUCGCCCAGGUGCUCCAUCAGAGCCAAAUGAAUACAACUUCAACUAUAAACGUCGAGGCCUGUUCUUAAUCAUCAACAACAAGAACUUCCACCCCAACACCGGCCAACAGACAAGGGAAGGAACUGAUGUGGAUGCUGAGAGACUUGAGGAACGAUUCCAAGAUUUAGGUUUUGAGGUCAAGAGAUAUGAUGACGUUACCAGAUCAAGAAUUUCGACUCUAAUGUAUGAUGCUGCAGCCUAUGAUCACUCGAACGCAGACUGUUUUGGGUGUGCCAUAUUGAGCCAUGGACUGGAAGGCCGAGUGUACGCCACUGAUGGUUACAUCUCCCUUGAGCUCCUAGUUAUGCCAUUCAAGGGAGACAGGUGCCCAUCUCUUGUGGGAAAACCCAAGCUUUUCUUUCUCCAGGCUUGCCGAGGUACGAAGAUGGAUUAUGGAGUCCAUGUGUCCGACUCAAGUCUGUCAUCCAAAGACGAAGAUGAAAUAGAUGCUGCAAACAGUGUCAGCAUACGCAAGAUUCCCAUUGAAGCUGACUUCCUGUUUGCGUAUUCAACUGUACCAGGUUACUAUUCGUGGAGGAACAACCAGGACGGCUCCUGGUUCAUACAGGCCCUGUGCAUAGUGUUGGAGAACUAUGGUUUAAAGAUGGAGCUUCUGCACAUGCUCACACAUGUCAACAGGAUUGUUGCCUAUGAGUUUGCGUCCUGCACGGACCGUGAAUUCACGGACAAGAUGAAACAAAUGCCCUGUGUUGUUUCCAUGCUGACUCGAUAUGUUUUUUUCCGACACAAGAAACAAGACAUCAGAUGAGGAAGUCUCCAUGGAUGGUGCUUUGCUUUUGGAGUUGAAUAUUGAAGAAAAUGUUGCCAUAGAGAUGGCGAAACUGUAAUGGCCUUGUCUGGCUUCGAGAAUUACAGAUGAAUUAUUUUGAACAAAACAGUUUUUUAAGAUCUGAUUGUUUUUAUCUGUGUUGAAUUUUAUAAAAGCAACAGCAAGGAAAUAUUUUAAGACUGUAACAGAAAGUAAAAGUAAACUGAUUGGUGUACUGGUAAUAUGUAUUAGCUCUGUGUUAUCAUCACCACAAUCACUUUGUUUUGCCUUCCACAUGCUCACUACACAUUCAGAGAGGUUAUGCUGGACCCAGUGAUAUGAGGGGCUAUCAAAAAGUUUUGAACCUAAAAAACUUCUUAUAUGUGAAUGAUAAAAAUAACUGUAUUCACAUAAUCGUAAUAUUGACAUGUACAUGUCCCUAGCUGUCAAUUGCUCUUCAAUUUGCUUUUCCGGGUGGCUUUCGAGGACCAAAAACUUUAUGACUGCUCUAUAGCUUAUCCAUUUCUGACGUUUCUAUAGGGUUACAUGUGAUUAUAGCAACAUGUGCAUAUCAAUAUUAAUUUUACGCGAAUGAUAUAAACCAUUCUUCAAUACCAUACAGAGUUUUUUAUCAUGUACAUAUCAGAAGUAUUUUUGUCUCAAACUUUUUGUUAGCCCCCGUAUAUACUAGUCAAAGGAAGUUAAAGAACACCAUGGCCAUACAGAUUAACUAUUGUUGUAUGACAAAAGGGGUUAUUGAGUAGUAUAUAUUGAUAUUAACACAUGGUGAUAUAUCAGUUAACAUACGGGCUUUGUAGGUUGGGGUUUUAGCUGAAGGAAGAAAAGAUUAUCAUUCAACUUCAGAUAAGGGACAUGGGUGAACCACAGUAUUCCAAGUGUUUGUAUAGAGUUGUAUCCCUUGGGCAUGCCAGGAGCCUAUGAAUCCCAGAUCCCUUCUGUUUAUGGUUUCAGUUUUGUUACCACCGCUUGUGGGUUUCACCAAAGUGGUAAAAAUCUAAUUUCCUGACAUCAAGGUAGCAUGAAUGGAAGAUUAAACUUACUUACUUCUUCAAAUAAUCUAUAUGCAGUGUAGUGUACUGGUCUUUCAGGCUGGAUGGGGACAUCAUGAACCAUUCCUUCUCAGAUGUUUGAUAUGAGUGAGUAAAUGUAAAUGAGUUGAGAUAAAGGUCCGUCUGUCUAGUUAUAUAUAGAUAAGGAAGUACGAGGGGGGAAAGUUGUGUUGUAUGAUGAUGGAGCACUAUGGGUAGGAAGCACCUGCACCACACUAUCUCAGUCUGCCACUAGGGCUCAAAUGGUACACCGAGGUCAGGAACCAGUCUAUAUCAGUGUAUUAUGUAAUGUUUAUGUAACCAAGGAUACCAAAGUCUGUUUUUUGUUUCCAGGUUUGUUUUUGAUAUAUGGUCAUGACACACAGCCAUGAUACACCAAUAUGUAGGCUAAAGUCAGUACAGAGCGGAUCAGGUCAUGUAUCUCAUCAAAGGUUGAUAUCACUUUGCAUUUGUUAAUCGUUUCAGCCUCAUCUCCAGCAUGCCAUUCACAUUGUGGUAUCAAGCUAAUUAUACACUGAUAACACUGCAUUCACCACCUAUAUUCCCUAGUGGGGGCAUGAUGGUGUGUAAUAAAGAGCAACUGCCGAUCAGCUUGAGAAUUACUUGAUGACAGUUGCAUUAAUGAUCUGGAGGUAUGUGUUAUUGGUUAUUUUAUCUUCGGGGUAGGUUGGAUGAAGAACGUAAAGGGAAGGUCAUACAAAAUCAUGAUGGGGGAAAAGGAGAUAGUGCUGUGGAGACAACUACACAUAAUGAAGGUCAUGUCGAUAUGGCACUUUUCGAAGUAUUUAGUAUAUUCAUACAUGUUACUCCGAAGAAGUUAAAGAACACCCCAUUUUGUAUAUGAUUAUAGUUAGUUACUCAAUCAUAUAAGACAGAUUAACUACAGUUACAAGAAAACAGGAUGGAAUUUCACUCCUUUGGAGUAGUAUAUGUUGUUUGAAGAUAAUGUGGCAGAACAUAAAGGGUCAUAAGAGGAAAAAGGAAAAGUGUUUUGAAAUGAUCAGAGAAAAAUCGAUUUACAUUUGCAGAGAACAGUUUUUUAGUAAAUGCCAUGGAACAAAAUCUCCUCCUUUCCCACUAUCGUAAGUGACUCUGCAUUAAACCUCAGACACACAAGGCUGUUGGAGACAGGAGAACCAUGUACAUGAUUGAUGAAAAGUGAAAAAAUAUAUAAAUUGGCAUCAUAUAUCUGUCUGUAAAUGGAUGCUACCUUUCUUGUGAUGUACCAGAUCAAUUUUUUUCUUAAUUUGUUUAUCAAUAUGUUCAUGUCUUGGAUUCCAUUGUAUAGGAAAUAUGACCUAACCAUUAGUUUAUACCACAGAAUAGGACAGUCAAGGUACAAGUCCAUAGUCCAGUUCAACUAAGGCUACCACAGAGGUACAAUGUCUCUUUGACAUAAUAUUCUGUCACAUAGACCAUCACAUGUUAAAGUAGAAGGGAGGUAACUCUUGUUAACACUACCGAACACUAAGGAUACUCUUGUGGGACCAAACAUCUUUUAGGAUCAGUUUGGCAGACAUUAACAGACUUUGUGUCUGAUGUAGACGGAUAUAUACUGCAGAAGACCAUUAAUACUAUACUGAUACUUUAAACCAUUUCUUUUAAAUGUGUGUUGCAUCUGUUAUGGAAUUUAGUACUUUACAGAAAGGAGAUAGUGUUUUCUUGCAGUUUUGAAUAAUAUAUUAUAUCUCAUGAAACAGAUUAAAUAUAUCUCAUUUACAAUUCUUUUAUUUAUAUCCAUUUAGUUACAUUGAGGCAUACAGUAAUAAUAUGAGCAAUGGUCUUGAUAAUGUAGUGGCCCUACACUCUAAAACACACACACACCACAAUUUCUGUAGGGGGGAAGGAGGGGACAUGCACCAUUGUUUCUCGAGAUGUAUGAUACCUACUACUUUAAACACGCACGCGCACACGCACACACACACAUUCUCAAAAAGCUGUAUCCGCCCCUGUGUGUGUCUAUGUGAUAUA